UCUUCCACCCCCAGCUGGCGAGUGACCUACCACACACUACCUCCAUCUCCACUACCCGCGCACACACCUGAACCACUCCUCUCGCACCGCACACACACCUGUAGCCCCACACACACACCUGUAGCUCGCCGAGAUGGAGGACCCCUGCACUAAGUGUCCCUCAGACGUGGAGAUGAAGCCAGCCAAACUCAGUGAGAAGCAGCCGACACUGAUGGAGGGCGGUCAGUACAUCCUGGAGGGCGAGGAGGAGCCCAGGAGCACCACCAUCAUCUUCUCCAUGGCUGAGGAGGUCGGCGCCCUCGCUAACGCUCUCAAGAUCUUCCAGGCACACAACGUCAACCUCCUGCACAUUGAGUCGCGGCCCUCGAGGCGCGAGGCCAAGUACGAGAUCAUGGUAGAGUGCGACUCCACCACCGGAGACCUCGGCAACGCCAUGGAGCAGAUGAGGGCCAGCUGCUCCUACUUCCAGGUCAUCUCCAGGAACCAUCUGGACAACAAGGGCACCGUGCCGUGGUUCCCCCGGAAGAUCGCGGACCUGGACCGCUUCGCCAACCAGAUCCUGUCGUACGGGUCGGAGCUGGACGCGGACCAUCCCGGCUUCACCGACCCCGUGUACAGGGCGCGCAGGAAGUACUUCGCUGACAUCGCCUACCACUACAAGCACAAUCAGGAGAUCCCACGGGUGGAGUACACGGCCGAGGAGAAGGAGACGUGGGGCGUGGUGUUCCGGAACCUAGCCAAGCUCUACAAGACCCACGCCUGCAAGGAACAUAACACUGUCUUCCCGCUACUCAUAGAAAACUGUGGCUACAGAGAGGACAAUGUUCCUCAGCUUCAAGACGUUUCGAAUUUCCUUAAAGACUGUACCGGGUUCACCUUGCGGCCUGUAGCCGGCCUGCUGUCGUCUCGAGACUUCCUGGCAGGUCUGGCCUUCCGGGUCUUCCACUCGACGCAGUACAUCCGGCACCCCAGCAAGCCGCUCUACACCCCGGAGCCGGAUAUCUGCCACGAGUUACUGGGCCACGCGCCCCUCCUGGCCGACCCGGCCUUCGCUCAGUUCUCUCAGGAGAUCGGCCUGGCCUCCCUCGGCGCUCCCGACGAGUUCAUCGAGAAGCUGGCCACGUGCUACUGGUUCACCGUCGAGUACGGCAUCUGUCGGCAAAACGGUGAAAACAAGGCGUUUGGAGCGGGUCUCCUGUCGUCGUUUGGGGAGCUUGAGUACUGCCUCAGUGACCAGCCGGAGCUGCGGACCUUCGACCCCUCCAAGACGUGUGAGCAGAAGUACCCCAUAACAGAGUACCAGCCUGUCUACUACGUGGCCGAGAGCUUUGAGGACGCCAAGCAGAAGAUGAUACAAUUCGCCACGACGAUCCCCCGGCCGUUCUCGGUGCGCUACAACCCGUACACGCAGUCCGUGGAGCUGCUCAACUCCAAGCCGCAGAUCAAGGCCCUGGUGCGGGAGAUCAACUGCGACAUGCAGGUCCUGAUGGACGCGCUGGUCAAGCUCACCUAGACCUCCUGCUGCUGCUGACUCUGGCCUGGUGUGUGUGUUGGACGGUCUCGCUGCCAUACGUUGUUACUUUUAAGUUUUGUUUUUAAUGUGUAAAUCAUUCUUUGAUUGGUUGUGUGUGCAGGGUGGUGUGAGGCAGGUGUCGUGCCUGGGUGAGGCAGGUGUCGUGCCUGGGUGAGGCAGGUUCUGGUGUUCGCGGGCGCUGGAGUGCUCUGAAAAGUAAAUAAGCUUUUCAAGAAAAAGUUAGGCCCCCAGAACCCCCAUUCCCAAGACUCUCAAGACCCAAGACACCCCCCCCCCCUGCACCCCCUCCAUCUCCUGUGAUAAGUGGUCCACGCAGAACGACCUCUGCUACUCACCCUCCCUAGAGUGUGUCCUCGUGUAUGAACCUCUCCGGUCACGUCGGAGGCGAGGUGCUGAUGAGUCUGUGUCCCCGUGAUGCUGAACCACCGCUCUCCUCGGGCCUCUGAUCUGUCCUUCAUAUUUACCAUAACUUGAGCUUUGAGAAAGCAUAUAUAACAUAAGCUACUAACAUAAGUGUAUAGAGUGUGAGGGCGCCGUACUGGGUCGCCCCGCAGGGACAGGCUUCUCACCACCAGUUUUCAUGAUAUUUGUCACUACGAUCGUCUGCUGCAACAGCCCGGCUCUGGUCCUGCAAUAUUGCUCAUAUCAUUAUGCAAUUAGUGUUGUAGAAAUUAUAUUAUUUUCUUGAUAAUAAAACAUGUAUCAGUAAAA